AUGGCUGAUACGAAGUGGAACGCGAGGCGGCGACGCGCAAUCCAGUCCGUCUUCCCAACAGACAUCUCGCAGCCCACGCCGUACUCGACGCCCUCGCUGGGCUUCACGGAGCAGGGCCAACACUUUGGGGGCCCGCCGCCGCUGAUGGUGCGGACGCCCAAGAAGAAAUGGAACUUUUCGACCAGUGGUGUCAGCACUGCCACUGCCACUGUUGCUGCUGUGCCGUCGCAGCUGAUGAGCUCACCGGACCACCACCAUACCCACGCCGCGCAGCAGACCCGCUUCGACCGGUCCUGGCACGUCGUCACGUCGCGGAUUGCGCUGCCGCCCUCCGUCACGGCCGAGGAUUCCUUCGGGCCCCUGCCGACCGAGUCGCAGGACCUCGGCGAUGAUGAUAACGGCAUCUUCGCCGGCGCCCUGAGAGAUGUGCUGCACCCGGCUACGCGCUUGCCCCUGGCCGCGCAUACGGAUGACCUGCUCACCUGGCACAUCCAGCAGGUACGGCAGCACUUCGUGAGCCACGUCCUGCCGCUGCUUUCGGUGUGCGACGGUCAUGCGGACCAGACUCAGGUUGUACUAGGCAGCAUGCGCACCCUCGAGGCGGCGCAUCGGCAGUAUCUGAAGUUCCGGCGGGACCUGCACGCCAUUGUGGGCAACUCCAUGUCUAAAUCCCUGAUGAACGCCCUGCGACUGGUUUUGGGCCAGCUCAUGAGGACUGUCCUCGGAAUUAAACAUCCAAACCAUCGCACUACGAGAGGACAGCCGACAUCGUCGUCUGAUAAGGACGUCGACGAGUCGAAGACCGAACUCUUGCAGCUCGUGGAGUCACUUUGUAACGUCGGCCUGGCUGGCGAGAGAUUUCAGAUCUUGUUUGCUGAGCUUCUGGAUGGCAUGAUGGUCUCUUACGUGCGCGAGUCCUUCGCGGGGAUGUGGGAGCCCAACAAAGAUGUCGAUAUGGAGCCACUGUACCCAGGUCAUGUUCAAGGUGCACAACCCCAGUGUAUUAAGGAACUGUCGAGCUGGAUUGAGAAUCAGUACUCUCGACUGGCGGUCGAGGUCACUGCCAAGCUCGGGACCUUGCGUGUCUCGUGGCAAGACGUGGAGAAGUGGAAGGAAAUCGGCAUAGGUCGGCUUGCCGCGCUUCGUAUCAGCGAGUUGUUCGACAUUGUUAUUAGCUGGCCGAGCAGCGAGGGCGGCAUUGAAGAUCUACGCUUUGCGGUUACCACGCCACAGAGGCGGUUACAACUUACUGAUGCGUUCUCAACUGCAUUGCAGAGCCGUCUGCUUCACCCUGGACGGUCGACUCUGGAAAUCCUUCGCACCUACAUCGCCAUGGUUCGGACAUUUCACAAGCUGGAUCAUUCUAGGGUUCUCCUGGAUCGGGUUGCAUACUCUUUGCAGCUCUAUCUUUGUACUCGGGAAGACACAGUUCGCACCAUUGUUUCCGGUCUAUUGUCGACCCCCAAGGAAGUCAACACCGACGCACGCAAGACGAAGCUUGUUGAGCUCGUCGAGCUACUGUACGAUCCCAACCAAUACCGCUCUGAGCGACAAGACGAGGAGUGGGAUGAUCUGACCUGGAUCCCGCCUCCGGUAGACGCGGGCUCUAACUACAAGCGACGGAAGUCCGAGGAUGUCAUCGGAACUCUAAUCGGUGCUUUGGGCUCUCCCGAGGUCUUCAUCAAGGAGUUUCAGAAUAUCAUCGGCGAGCGUCUAUUGUCUGAGCAAGUCUCGUUCGAGCAGGAGGAGGGCGUAUUAGACCUCCUGAAGAAGAGGUUCGGAGAGUCGUCGCUGCAAGCCUGUGAUGUCAUGAUCAAGGAUAUCCAGGACUCGAGGAGACUCGAUGGCGUUAUCCAUCGUGGCGCCAUCAACCACCCUGAGAAGGUGAACCGCGACUGGACGAUCCACGCAAGGAUCCUGUCUCGCCUCUACUGGCCAGAAGUGGGCGAAGACCGGUUCCAUCUACCGUCAACCGUAGCGGAGAUGCAGAAUAUGUACGAGACUAUUUUCGAGCACCUCAAGCCCACGCGCAAGAUCAAGUGGCUCAAUCACCUGGGGCAGGCCACUGUGGAGCUUGAGCUCGAGGAUCGAAAUAUCCUGGAAGAGGUCCAUACCUACGAGGCCGCUGUCAUUAACGCCUUCAGCGAGGAGAAUGCCGCCAGCUGGACUUUUGAGGACUUGUGGAUCAAGCUCGAGAUGGACGAGGACCUCCUCACGGCCGCGCUCUCGUUCUGGGAGAAGAAGCGCGUGCUCCGCAAACUUCCCGACGGGCGGUACGUCGUCAUCGAGCGGCUCUCGGACGCCGAGCAGGCGUCGCAUACCAACGUCAUGGCUUCAUCAUCGGCCGCGGCGCCAGCCGACGCGCCGGCAACGCCGCGGAAGGCCAAGGCGGGCAUCAGCGGGAGGGAGAAGGAGAAGCGCACGGUGUACUGGCAGUUCAUCAUCGGCAUGCUGACCAACGCGAGCUCGACCAUGCCCCUCGGCCAGAUCGCCAUGAUGAUGAAGAUGCUCAUCGCCGACGGGUUCCCAUGGAGCAACGAGGAGCUGCAGGAGUUCCUCGGCGAGAAGGUCGGCGAGGGCCAUCUGGAGAUCAUUGGCGGCAAGUACAAGCUCAUCAAGAAGUGA